UUAAUGGUGGGAGGAAGAUGGACUACAGUUUAGCAGCACUGAAAUUGCUGUGCUCGCAACUAAAAGAUGCCAAAGAAACCGUCACCCAAAAAUCCAACGCUGCUUUCACUCUUGAAGGCAUUCUCUUUCAACGCGCAUGGCUCCAGGGUAUUUUGGUUUCAACACCUACAGCAGAUUCCUCCGGCCGAUUCCUACUAGAUGAUGGCACUGGGGUCAUUGAACUCCUACUCACUGGCGACUUCCUCAAUCUUUCUAUGGAAAUAGGAAAGUAUAUUAUGGUUGUUGGAGGAUAUUUUGUCCGGAAAGGAGGCCUCCCGUUUAUUAAGGUCCAUAAAAUUGUUGACCUUUCUCGAGUUCCUGAUCGAGAAGCAAUGUGGUACCUAGAAGUUGUUGAGGCAUUUAAACUCUUCUACCAACUACCUCCAUUUGAAGACUAAUUGAAGAGUGAAAAGGCAGCAGGAAAAGAAGAACUGAGGUAGGUUUAAGGAGAUAUAUGAGCUUGUAUGACAGUACCAAAUGGAGUUCAAGUCUGACAAAAUUUUGUUAUACCCCAUCUGGAUUUUUUAAAAUUAAAUUAACUUAAUAUGUUAGUAACCUUAUGGGGGCAGUAAUGUUGUUGUCUUGUAUCUAACUUUUAUGUUGAUAUUUUCUGAUUUUAGUUUAACCAGAAUUUGAGACGGAGGGAGUAAUGUUAUUGUGUUAUUAUCGAUU